CUACAAAUGGCCAUUUUAUAUGGCCCUUGAGCACAUAAAUUUGCCCACUCCAUUAUAAAAAAAUGUCUUGGACCAUGUGACCCAGCAGACUCACCCGUCCAAAUUCAGAGACAGAGCUCAAGUUCUGCAGUCCCUCCCACUGCUCUGUCUAUUUAUAUUUCACUCUGCCAUUUUCUCCUCAUGUCAUUUGUUGCCCUUGAUCUUUUGUUGUUGUUUUUGUUUGUUAUGCAGCCGCCAAAUAGUGGCUGAUGGCUGGGACUUUGAAGGCCUUCCAAUGUGGGUAUGCAUGAAUCUUUCAUUAUCACUUGCACAUUCAUUUGCAAUCUCCUCCAUGCUGUGUGGAGAGCGUUUGUGCCCGAGCCAGCUGGUGUUACUUAAGUAGGGGUAGGGCCCUCUUGUCAAGAGGUGUUCAUGGAAAAUUUGAGCCCGAGGCAACUGGCUGUAAAGCAGCUAAAGCAAAGCUACCUGGAGGCCUUACGGACCAACAAUGCCCAGGAGGUCCUCUGGAUCCUCCACACCAACAAACUCGAGAUUGACACUGUGCUGGAGGUGGAGGACCCCAGCAUGGUCCUGGCCUCUUAUAAACAAGGGUAUUGGCUGCCAGGCUACAAACUAGAGAAGUCCUGGGCAACGGGUCUUCACGUUUGUGUGAUGUCCAACGCAGUGGAAACUGCACUGGUACUCCUUCAGGAAGGUGCCGCCAUCAACCCUAUGCCCAACGGGAAGACGCCGCUGCAUGUGGCCUGCGAGGUGUCCAAUGCCGAUUGUGUGGGUCUGCUUUUAGACCACGGUGCAAAGGUCAACAGCCUGUCCCUGAGUGGACACACACCACUGCACUACUGUAUCACCCAAGGCUCUGUCGACUGUGCCAAGUUGCUCAUCCUCAAAGGUGCGAAGGUGAGCAUACCCAGUCACAACAAUGAGGAGGACACACCGUUACACACUGCAGCAAGAUUUGGGGUUCCGGAACUGGUGGCACUCUAUUUGGCCCAUGGAGCCCCUGUGGAUUCAGGCAACUCUCUCCACGAGACCCCCCUGAUGACUGCCGCCUUUUGGGCUUUUGACACCAAAGAGCAAACCUACAGCCAAGAUCACCAUCUUGUCUGCCGCCUCCUGUUGGAUCACAAAGCAGAUGUCAACCUUCAAGAGGAGGACAAUAAAACCGCUCUUCACAAGGCUGCCUGGAACUGUGAUCACAUCCUGAUGCAGAUGUUGCUGAAAGCCGGAGCGGACACGCGAGCAAUGGACAUUAACGGCUGUUCUCCCAUCCAGUAUCUCCUCAAAGUGACCGAUGUAAGGCACACAGCCUUACAUGAAAUCUGCUACCAGCUGCUGCUGAACUACAAUGCGGCCAGGAUCUACCCACCCCAAUUUCACAAGGUAUUGCAGUCCUGCCACGACUACCCUAAAGUUGUAGAGAUCAUGGUCAACUCGUAUGAACAUUUAAAGCCUACUAGCAAGUGGAGGACUGCUAUUCCGGAUGACUGCUACAAGCGACACACAGAAUUCUACGACUCCUUGUUCGCUGUUUGCACUAACACCCCUCGCAGCUUGCUGCACCUGACCAGAUGUGUUAUCAGAGGCAGUAUGGAUGGCUCCUGUGAAAGAGGCGUAGCGCCACUCCCUUUACCAACAAGCAUUAAGAACUACUUAUUGCUGACACCUGAGGGGAUACUUUAUUGAUUCGUGUACAUGAAUUUGCGAGACAAAAGUACAUUAUAUCAGUUGGGUUCAACAGAGAAAAUGCAAUACCAAUUGAGAGCAUGUCAAGUCCUUCCAUACCACCAACCUUUUUAA